AUGGAAAACAAAACAAAGCAAAAAUUGGGGAUGAAAAGCCAUGUAAUAUUGCAAAGUGAGGAUUUAAUGGAGUAUAUACUAGCCACUAGUGUGUUCCCAAGAGAACCACAGCCUCUCAAGGAGCUGAGGGAAGCUACUGCAAAACACCCUUUUGCAUUUCUGGGCGCAUCACCAGAUGCAGGUCAGUUAAUGGCUAUGCUCUUGAAGUUAAUGAACGCAAAGAAGACCAUUGAAAUUGGGGUCUUCACUGGAUACUCUCUUCUCCUCACUGCUCUUUCCUUACCUCAUGAUGGCCAGAUUACAGCUGUAGAUCCCGAUCGGAAAGCCUACGAGAUAGGGUUGCCAUUUAUAGAAAAAGCUGCCGUUGAACACAAGAUUAACUUUAUCGAGUCACAAGCUUUACCGGUUCUUGAUGAUCUUACACAAGACCUAAAGAAUGAAGGGAGUUUUGACUUUGCUUUUGUUGAUGCGGACAAGAACAAUUACUGGAGUUACCAUGAGAGGCUGUUGAAACUGGUUAAGGUUGGGGGGCUGAUUGUCUAUGAUAACUCGUUGUGGGGAGGAAACGUUGCUGCUCCUGAAGAGGCUAUUCCAGAAAAGAAAAGAGCCUCGACAAAGAUUACAAUUGAGUUUAACAGUUUCGUCGCUGCUGACUCUCGUGUUGAAAUAUCUCAUGCUUCUGUGGGUGAUGGCAUGCUCAUCUGCAGGCGAAUUUGCUAG